CAACAUCGGCAGUUGGUCACCCACAAAUGCGAUAAGUGCCUGAAAGAGUUUUAUCGUCGUGAUAAGUUGGUCGAACAUAGAGUGGUAUGUGACGAAAACACCUCGAAGAGGAAAUUUGAUUAUGCAGUUCACACUACUUCUAAGGCUAAACGGAGUAAAGUUGAUGAGACAGAUCACUCCUCCAAUGAAAUUGGCUAUAGGCAUGGUGAUGACGAUCCGUGUAAUCAUACAUCUGCUUUCGAGGAAAGUUUGAAGAAAAUUAAACUGAAACAGCGAAAGGAUCAAAAGCAUGAUAUGUCCCAAUUUCUGCGUGUUAAAUCCAAACCGAUGCUUAUUCAUCUGUCGAAAGAGCUGGAAGUGAAGAAAGGAUUGAAAUGGUUCAUCAGUGUGAAAGCGAGAUUUCUCAAACCCAAAAGUAGACGGUGA